AUGUUCACUGUGCGUUUAUUGGGUGCUUCAUCACGGUUCAUCACUUUUCAACAUCAGUUUCACACUGCGAGAGGUAUUUUUGGUGAAUUUAAAUGGUUUUGUCGCAAGCUUAACUUCAGCUUCAUUAUUACCAAUAGUUCAAUUCAAAUUGUCCGACAUCGGCGAAGGUAUCGCUGAAGUUCAAGUGAAAGAAUGGUAAGCAAGUCUUGAAAUUGAGGUCACAAAAUAUUUUUCUUAAGGUAUGUAAACGUUGGGGAUAAAAUUCAGCAGUUUGACAAGGUUUGCGAAGUUCAGAGCGAUAAGGCGGCCGUCACAAUUUCAAGUCGAUACGAUGGUAUUGUCAAGAAAUUGUGAGUUGUUUUUAGUUUUUGGAAGAAAUUAAUGAAUUUUUUUAACCAUUGAUAGAUUAGAUUCCCAAAACUAUUGUAUGUGAAAAUUGGGUUCAUGGAGGUAUUUUUGAGUCUUUUACAUCGAAAGAGUGUUUUAAUAUAUAUAUUUUUCUGAUUCAGUGUUUGAAGACCAUUUCCUUUCUUUUCUUAGGCAAAAGGUUUUUUCAAAGAUGCCAUUCACAUUUUUCCGUUCCAUGUCAUUGAAAAGAGCAUUUUUAUGUUUUUGUUCUGUUUUUGCUGCGAAAAAGUGUCCUGAUAAGUGUCACAGCGGGUUGGGUGACACGGAAAUACAAUGGAUCAGCGAGAGACGCUGAGAAAUCGACGAAACUUGAACUUUUGCUCCUUUGAAACCCGGAGAAAAGUUUAAACAGAGAUUUUGACGGUUGAACAGAAGAUUGAAGACUUCAGAGGCUUACUAGAGACUUCAAACUUAAUUUUUUUUAAUGUAUAAAACUUACUAAAUUCAAAAAUUCCUCACUUUUUUUCUCAAUUUUUUUCUCUGGCUUUUUAACUUUUUGAUCAUAGCCAAGUUCUCCUUUUUAAUUUUAAUUGAAAAAUGAUGUACUUUUACGGUUCCUAAAAAAAUUUUUUUCCAAGGGAAAAUUUUUGCACAAAAAUAUACAAUCUUUUUGUGAUUUUGUCAAUUUCAGAUACCAUGAGGUUGAUGGAAUGGCUCGGGUCGGUCAGGCUCUUAUCGACGUCGAAAUUGAGGGUGAAGCUGGAGCUGAGGCUAAAGGUGGUUUCAGUUGCUUCAAAAGAAAAAAAAAAAUUAAAAUAUAUUUUUGAUCCCGAUUUCGAAAAUUUUCAGAGGCCUACAUUCCACACUGUAGGCCUCUGAAACUGUUGUUUUUUCAUCCAAAAAACUAAAAGUUUCCUCAAAAUUGAUAAUUUUUCGUUUUUCUUUUCGAUUGAUGAUUUUUUUCAAUAUUUUUUUGUGUUCCAUUCCCUCGCACAUAUACCUCAAAGCAUUAGGAAGAGGUUAGGAAGCAAAUUAGUGAAGAUUUCCCGAGGGAUUUUCGGCCCUUUUUCUAAAGACUUCUCCAGCUCUUUUUUCCUAGUUUCUAGGGUUAUAUUCGGUUUUUUUCAAUUUCUUUUUCAACUUGACUUCAAAUUUUAGUUUUUUUUAAAAUGAUAAUGAAUAAGAUAAGAAUCUACUAAGAUAGUAAUAGGAAGUUUUUAGGAAAUUUAGUGGUUCAUUUUUAUUCUGUCAAUUCCAGUUAUUGAUGGAAAAACAGCAUUUUUUUCAUGUUUUUCUUUACAAUUUUCAAAAUUUUUUUUGUAACUUUGAUUCCAAGAUUUUUAUGAAAAAAACACAGAGGUUCAUUUUUUUCGUUUAUUCAAACCAAAAAAACCAGAACUUACGGUGGAAAAAAAGUAGAUGAAUUCCUGAUUUUUUUAAUAUCGCUAAAGUUUAAAGAUCAUAUAACUAAAGAAAUCCUGACUUUAUGAAUUGAAUCAUAAACUUUUUUAAAGAAAAACUUCUCGGUAAAUGAAAAAAAGAUUAGAAAUGUUCAUGUUACGUUUCAGUGAAAGCAUAUUUGUUCAUAUGGAUUGAAAUCGUCAAUCUAAAAGCGAUAGGAGCCAAAAAUAAGCUUUAUUGAGUCGACUUUUUCAGAAGAAAAGACUGAAAAGAAGAUGGAAUCAACGUCUUACGAAAAAGAAAGCAAAUCGAAGCCCCAAAGUCAGCAUUCUUCUGGAGAUUUCCACGCGGAAAAUGGCAAAGUUCUGGCGACGCCGGCCGUUAGAAGAAUCGCCAUUGAGAAUAAGGUAGUUUGAGGUUUUUUGGGUUUGAAAAAUGGUAUUUUUGGUCAAUUUCUCACAGAAACUCACCUAAUCAGAAGAAAAGUUUGAUUCGAUUUGAUGAAAAGGUAGAAACUUCAGAAAUGAUAUCAAUUUUUCUCAAAAAAAGUUUUUUUAAUAUGUUAUGGGACACGUUAAGCCUGAUUUCAAAAAGGAACAAUUUUAAAAAAUUUUGAAGGGAAAUUUCGGAUAUUUUGUGAAUAAAAAAACGCUGAAAAAAACUUGCUAGAAAUGAAUCUUUUCCCGUUUUUUUCAGCUAUCGAAUGUAUUUAUUUUUUUUGAUUUUUUUCAAUGUUUCAAAAAUUUUUUUAGAGAUUUUGGAAUAUAUCCUAGAGUAAACUAGUUCGAAAAAUGAACUUUUUAAACCGGAGUUUGUGAAUUUUUAUUAAAAACAUUGAUAAAGUUGUUUUUUUUCGAAUAUUUCAAGCUUAUCGAUUCGUUUUCUUUUUCUGACUUUUUGCUAGUAAUAUUUAUCGAAUAUUUUCUUUAUAGAUCAAAAUUAUCCGAUGUUCCCGCUACUGGAAGAGACGGGCGUGUACUGAAAGAAGACGUUCUGAAGUUUUUGGGUCAUGUGAAAUCGGGUUUGAAUGUUUGAUUUAAACUUUUAACAGGAAGAAAAUUUUUUAGAUCAUUCCUCUGGAUCGACCAAUAUUCGGAAGUCGCCAGCCGCUGGUUCUUCUCAACCUUCAAAAAGUGUCGGUUUUUUUAAUUCAAAAAGUGGAUAUUCACUUGUUAAAUUGUCCGGUGUAAAAUAAGUGGUCCUUUUGAAGUUCAGUUAACUAUGAAAAAAAAUGAUCAAAAUGAAUGGAACCAAGAAAAAAUAGAUAUUUCUUAACAAGUUUUAUACAACGAUGCCUUGGAAUGGUAUCACGAAGGUACUAUUUUUUUUGCCUCUAUGCGGGUCACUUGAGUGUCCCCUAUAGAAGCCACUAACUAAAACCCCUCUAGAUACCACCAGCAUGUCUUCUAUAAGGGUCACGAACGGAAACCCCUAUAGGGGUUGGUAAAAGGGUCCUUAGAACAAACCCUUCAAAAGCCCCAAAGGCUGCCCCUCUAGGGACCACUCUAAAGUUCCUAAAUAUACAUCGAUUAAUCCCAAGCUCAUUCCCAACAGGCCAACCUACUAUCAAUCAGAAAGGAUGAUAAUAAUUAGAGCUUUCUUUGCAGUUCGAACCUCUUCGUGAAGAUACGGUGGUGCCGAUCCGUGGCUACACCCGCGCCAUGAUCAAAAGCAUGACCGAAUCGUUGAAAAUCCCCCAUUUCGGGUACAAUGAUGAGGUUUUUUCACAGUUUCUGGUUGAUGAAAUUUCUAAAAAUUGUCAAAAAUUGAAAGUAUAAACACACUCGCUCAUUCUCAGUUCAAGGCAAUGUUAAUGAUUUUGAGCAAAAAAAAAAAUGCAAAAAAUAGAGUUUUAGAAGUCUCAGUAAUAUUUUUUUUGGUUUUUUUAAUUGCGGCGAAUGGAAAAACUUUCAAGGAAAGGGAAUGUUUUCAACUGGGCUUUUUAGUUUCAGAAAAACUUUUUUUUUAACUGAAUGGUUCUGGUUUUUUGAUUUUUGUUAUUAAAACCCAUUGUAACUUUUCUAAUGGGUGAAAUAAGAAAAAAACUUUAAUGUCGAUAAAUACAUUUAAAGUGGUUCUAAAUAUUCCGAAAUGAAGAUGAUAUAAUCUUUUUUUGAAAUAGUUUAAUAUGAAAUUUCUAUUCCGAAUGCCGAUAAACACUUUUAUCAGGGUUCAAAAAUAUUCAGAAAUGAAGAUGUUAUCAUCAUUUUUUUAACUAAUGCUAUAAUGAAAAUCUACUAAAAAUGUCGAAAAAUACAUUCAAAGUUGUUUCGAAACAGUUUUUUAAAAUUAUUUUUUUUAUCAUUUUUAGCUUAUAUCUGAGAUUUUGAUAUUUUUUUCUACACUUUUUGUGCUCCAAAUUUCGUUCUUCCUUUUCAAUUCAGUGUUUUUUUUUCCAAAAAGUUUACUCUGAGACUCUGUUCUGAAGACUGAAACGUAUAUCUUGUUUUUUUCAGUGUUCAAUUUCAGGUUAAUGUCGACGCUUUGGUGAAAAUCCGAAGCGAAUUGAAAGAAUUGGCGAAAGAACGCGGGAUCAAGCUCAGCUACAUGCCUUUCUUCAUCAAGGUCACUUAUUUUUUCAUUCUUUAGGAGAUUCAAAACAGAGGUUUUUAAAAAAAAAAAAAUCAAAAAUUGUCUUUUCCCCUCCCUGCAGCAUCGUGAAAAAGAUGAAGUGAUUUGAUCCGAAAAAUGAGGUUUUCAGGCGGCCUCACUGGGUCUCUUGGAAUUCCCUUCGUUGAAUGCGACGACCGACGAGAAAUUGGAAAGCGUCACCCAUAAGGUUGUUACCUCACCUUUUUGGAACUUUGCAAAAAAAAAAUAUCGAUUUUCAGGCCUCACACAAUAUUUGUUUGGCAAUGGAUACGCCUGGAGGAUUGGUCGUUCCGAAUAUCAAAAAUUGUGAGCAAAGGUGAGAUUUUACCUGUGUUCUUGUGCCUCAAUGAGCGGAUAAAUUAACUAAAAGCUCAUUUUUAAUCAUUUUUUUCAUUCUAGGGGAUUCUUCUAAAAUGGCUACCUUGAAAAUUUUUUUCUAAGUUUUACAAGAAAAAAUGAAUUUUCGAACUUUUUAAGUACCUAUCCUUGUGGUGAAGCUUUAUAACUAGGUAAAAAAAUUAUUUUCGGAUUUUUCGAGAUUUUAUUUCCAUUCAUUUCGUGCAAAUUCUAAUCAAUUUUUUUUAUCGAUGAAAACUUUGAGGGGAUCAGAUUUUUUUAAGAAAAAAAGAUGAAUGUUUCUUAACAAAAUGAGAAAAAAAGUUGAAAAACAUAAAAAAAUCAAGCCCUGCCUCCACAAGGAAACUUAGACACUUUUUGCAGUUUUUUUUAUAAAUAUUCAGACUUUCAUGGAUUUUUUGUUUUGAAAAACAAGUUUGUAGGUUCUGAUUUUUACAGGAGUAUUUUCGAGAUCGCCGAGGAACUUUCGAGACUGAUGCAGGCCGGCCAAAGGCAGCAAAUCAGCAGGGAAGACCUCACGGGCGGCACCUUCACCCUGAGCAAUAUUGGGGCUGUAAGUAGUUUUUUUUUAUUCGUAAAAGUUUUAAAACCAGGUUAUUUUGAAGUCGAGCGGUUGGGAAGCAAAAAAGUCAUGUAAAAGUUCGAAGUCUUUAUUUUUGACUUCUCUUUUCCGUUGUGAUGUUCGCUAUAAACGUGCCAAGUUUACAUUCUUUUUGAUGAAUUUUUUUAAUUUUUUUCCUUCUUUAGUAGUUUGUAUAUUUUUACUUGAGAACUAGUUUCCUCAUUGAAAAGAAUGCUUUUUAAAAAUUGAUUUUUCCAGAUUGGUGGAACCUACGCCUCGCCGGUGAUUUUCGCCCCGCAGGUGGCGAUUGGAGCGAUCGGAAAAAUCGAACGACUUCCGCGAUUCGAUAAGCAUGAUAAUGUUGGUUUUUCCAAGAUCUUGACAGAUUUUAGUGAGAAAGAAAAGUGCAAAAAAAAAAAUGAAAAAUGAUAUUCAAAAGUUUUUUAUUGAACUGAAAGAUUUCAGAUGAAAUUUUGAGGUUUUUCACGAGGUUUUAGUAAAAAGAGUUUUUCCAAAAGGCUAUGUGAAGUACAGAUUUGAUUUUAAUCGAUUUCCAGGUAUUUGCGGCUCAUCUUGUGAAAGUUUCGUGGUGUGCCGACCACCGGGUUGUCGAUGGAGCGACAAUGGCGCGAUUCAGCAAUCGGUAAACUUUUUUAAUGGCAAAAUUUUUCUGUCACGUUGAGGACUCGAACCUGUAACUAUCAGCAAAACUGAAGCUGACAACUUGCAAGUUUAAAAUCCUAGAAGCUCGAAAUCAAAGUUUUUUUUUUUCAAGUUCUGGGAUGAAAAUUUUUUCUUUAACUUGUCAUAUACGGUCUUAGUGGUUUAGAGUCUGAAAAAUUUCAAAAAAUACAAAAAUAAAAAUAAGCCGUAAAAGAAAGCUUUAAAAAAUUAAAGGCAAAUUUUUCAGCUGGAAGUUCUACUUGGAGCAUCCAUCAGCGAUGUUGGCCCAAUUGAAAUAG